CAAACCACGUGUCGACACGCAGCUUCCUGUUUGGGAGGUGGCUUCAUUACAACACGCUGGGAUCUGUUUUGGAGUGUUUCUUAGAAAUGGAAGAAUUACCUGCGGAUAUCAGAACAUUUCUAAUUGAUCACCCCUUUUUUCAGCUCACAGAUGGCAAAAAGAUCAAAUGCACCCUAAAUGGACAUGAGAUACCCUGCAGUCUGACGGAGCUGCAGGAUUUCAUCCAGGGGAAGAAAUAUAAGAAACUGAGUGCAGCAGCAGAGUUCAACUACAGCCACUAUGAGCCACACAUUGUAUCAAGCACAAAGCAACCCAAUCGGCUCUUCUGCAAACUGACACUGAGGCAUCUCAACCGGCAGCCAGAUCAUGUCCUAAGACACACCAGUGGGAAACGCUUCAAGAAAGCCCUUUCUCGUUAUGAGGAGUGUGUGCAGCAGGGGAUUGAGUUUGUUCCAGCCAGACUGAAACAGAAGAAGCCCAAAAACACAGGAGAGGAAAUGAGUCAGCCCUCCAAAAGAAGAGCUAAUGGCAUGUGGGAAGCUUCAUCCAGCGACGACGAACACAGCGACUCGGAAGACAGCAUGAGUGACCUAUAUCCAUCUUCCAUGUUCAUUUUAAAAAAUCCAGAGGUUGAAAGUACAGCGGGUGGAGAAGAGGAUGACUUUCAAACAGAUGAAGAUGAGGAAAUGGAAGCGGAGACACAGGUGGUGCAGAAGCGCAGAAAGGUCCAAGGUGGUGGCUCCAAGAAGAAAUCCAGAAAUAACCAGUGGAAAUCAGGAUGCAAGAAACACAAAAAAGCCAAAAAUGGAAAGUAACCUUUGUAAACAAAACAAAAAAACAUACGAACAGUAUUUCUAGAACUGGGUAACUCAGGAGGUAUAAGCAAUUCAAACCAGUUUGGCCUCUGUACAUCCAUUAAUAAGGAUGCUAGAGACUUUUGGGAAAUGUUUUGUUUCUGAAGUCAUGAUAUUUGCACAACUGGUUUUUAUGACAUAACAGUUUUUCUCUGGGCUAGUUGGAGUUAUUUGGGAUUUCUAAUCUAAUACACUUGUAAAAAAAAUAAUAAUAAAGCCUAAUUUUAAUUGCGCAAA